UGACCUCCUCAACUAAUCCUGAUAAGAUUUACAGUAGAUGGGCUAUUUCAAAAACUAUACAAAACUGUGAGGAGAUAAAGUUUCCUUAUUCUUAGCUGUCAGUGCUUCUAAUGAACAUAUGAAUUCAGAAACACGAAGACAAAGUUACGCACGUCACUUUUAAAACGUUAAGGAUCAGAUCGAGACUCUUAAACAAUCAUAUCUGAGUACCAACUUUAAAAUCGUCUUCAGAGUAUAGAUUUCAGUAAUCUUUGCAUUAAACCAAGAGGAAUGUCAUGGAAUAAUGUAGAUGACUACAACACGCGACAGGAAAUUAUAAAAUGCGUUGUAGUAGGGGAUACAGCUGUCGGGAAAACUCGCUUGAUAUGUGCACGUGCAUGCAAUGCCUUCCUUACGUUGCCACAAAUGCUCGCAACUCACAUACCUACUGUGUGGGCGAUUGAUCAGUACCGAAAUCAUGAGGUAUUACAGAGAUCUUGGAUGAUCGUGGAUGGAGUAAAUGUCUCUUUACGCUUAUGGGACACAUUCGGAGACCAUGAAAAGGAUAGAAAAUUUGCCUAUGGGAGGUCUGAUGUUGUGCUGCUUUGUUUUUCAAUAUCCAGUCUCCAGUCUCUCAAAAACUGCAAAACAAAGUGGUACCCAGAAAUAAAGCACAAUUGUCCACAUGCACCUAUUGUCCUGGUAGGAUGCAAAAACGACCUGAGGCAUAUAUAUCGCGAUGAGCAUUUUCUUGAACUAUGUCGGGAAAGAAGUCCUUUUGUGCGUUUAAUUCAAGAAAAUGAUAUGGUAGCUCGAGAUCAAGGUCGACAAGUGGCAAACGAAAUUGGUGCCGUGUAUUACGAAACAAGUGUAUUUACACAGUAUGGCGUUGAUGAGGUGUUCGAGAAUGCCAUGAGAAUGGCUUUGAUUGCUAGACGACAACAAAGGUUUUGGAUGAAGAGUUUAAAAAAUGUUCGCAUGCCUUUACUUCAGAUCCCUUACUGCCCACCAGAACCCAAAGAACCUACGGCAAACAUCUCAGAAUCAACAUAUGAGAGGGAGUUGCAUUCCUUGCUGGACAAGGAAUAUGAAGCAGACGUUAUACUGACAACACAGCAAAAUGAACUUCAAGCACACAAAAUCAUCCUCGCAGCAUCAUCAUCAUAUUUCAAGCAAAUAUUUAUUUCUUUAUCAGAACCAGAUCUUACGAAAGAAAAAAAGGUGACACUGACCACUUUUCAAAAUUUCUCUUCUCGUUCGAUUCUGAGUUUCCUGAGAUUUGUAUACUGUGACAACUCGAACACGAUAGCGUAUAAUGAAAUAGCUGAAUUGAAAGAAAUUGCAAAUAUUACAAAUGUUGAAGAAUUUCAGACCUUUUUAACAGCUCUAGAGGAGAAUGAUAAUUGUACAAAAUUGGAAUCACAAAAAAUGCACAUCAGAAAGAUGAGCUCCAACUUGGAAAAAUUAGGUCUACAGAAACAAAGGUUUGCAGACGUUACUUUUAAAGUUGAUAAUGGAAAAUGCAUUGCUCACCGUUCUCUUUUGAUGGCCCGAUGCGAUGUUAUGGCAGCCAUGUUUGGUGGAGAUUUUCGCGAGAGUUCAGCUGAAGUUAUCCCUUUUCCAGAAGUUUCGAAAGAAGCGUUUGAUCAGUGUCUUUACUAUUUAUACACAGACUGCAUUGAACAGAGCAUAAAUGUUCAGAACUGUUUACUCAUCUUAGAACUUGCAAAUAGACUUUGCUUACGACGUUUUAUUUCAUUAAUUGAAGUGCACAUCAUUAAAGAGCUUAGUGCUAUGAAAGCGGGAGGAGUGAAUUUGACUGAUUACGUGUUCCGGUUUCUAGAGCCUUCCCAGGUUCAUAACGCAGAUCAGCUUUCUGAGUGGUGCCAGUAUUACAUCAUAACCCAUUAUCAAAGUAUUUUUAUGAGUGCUCCAAAAUUAUUACGCAGCCUGCAUCCAGAUAACCAAGCCUAUUUAAACAAAAAUAGAUGGCCUCCUAUACAUUAUCUUAAGGAACAAGAGUAUUAUGAAAGAUGUACCAGAGAAAGGGAGCUUAAGGAGAGGCCUCAGAAAUUUUUGCUCUGGAAAACAACAAAGAAAAAAAUGAGUCAAUGCUUAUGGUCUUUGAACAAAACUAAAGAGACAACUGAAAAUUCUGAGCAGUCAAAUAAUUUAGUUAUACAUUCUGUUUCAAAUUAGCACCUAUUUCAAUGUUCUUGAUUUUCUUCAUUUUUAAUCUAAUGCAGAAUUUUAUGAUGUAAUUUUAAUUUUCUGUGGAAAUAACUGUGUUUUGCAGCUUGUAUAAAAUUUUGUGUAUAAACUUAAUUUAAGUAAA